CACAAAUCAAUAGUUAAUUUUUUUGACAAAAUUUUGAUUUUUUUUCAUUAUGUCUCUUAUUUCAGAUCUCAUCAAUCUCAAUCUAUCUGAAUCCACUGAGAAAAUUAUUGCCGAAUACAUAUGGAUUGGCGGAUCAGGCACGGAUCUUAGGAGCAAAGCCAGGACUCUUUCAGGUCCUGUUAAAGAUCCUUCAGUGCUUCCGAAAUGGAACUAUGAUGGGUCUAGCACCGGGCAAGCUUCUGGAGAAGACAGUGAAGUGAUACUAUAUCCUCAAGCAAUUUUCAAGGAUCCAUUCAGGAGGGGCAACAAUAUUUUGGUCAUGUGUGAUGCUUACACUCCAGCUGGUGAUCCCAUUCCAACAAACAAGAGGCACAAUGCAGCCAAGAUUUUCAGCAACCCUGUUGUUGCUGCUGAAGAACCAUGGUACGGUAUCGAGCAAGAGUACACUUUGCUGCAGAAAGAGGUUAAUUGGCCUCUAGGAUGGCCUAUUGGAGGUUUCCCCGGACCUCAGGGACCUUACUACUGUGGAACUGGAGCUGCCAAUGCUUUCGGACGCGAUAUAGUUGACUCACAUUAUAAGGCAUGUCUUUACGCUGGGAUUAACAUCAGCGGCGUCAAUGGGGAAGUGAUGCCUGGACAGUGGGAAUUUCAAGUUGGUCCUGCUGUUGGUAUCUCAGUUGGUGAUGAGGUGUGGACCGCACGUUACAUUCUCGAGAGGAUUGCAGAGGUUGCUGGUGUUGUUGUUUCAUUUGACCCGAAACCUAUCCCUGGUGAUUGGAACGGUGCUGGUGCUCACGCAAACUACAGCACCAAGUCUAUGAGGGAAGAUGGAGGCUAUGAAAUCAUCAAAAAGGCUAUUGAGAAGCUUGGAUUAAGGCACAAAGAGCACAUUGCUGCAUACGGUGAAGGCAAUGAACGUCGUCUCACUGGAAAACAUGAAACAGCUGAUAUCAACUCCUUCAAAUGGGGUGUUGCCAAUCGUGGCUGCUCCGUUCGUGUAGGCAGAGAUACAGAGAAGGCAGGGAAGGGAUACUUCGAGGACAGAAGGCCUGCUUCGAACAUGGACCCGUACAUUGUCACUUCCAUGAUUGCUGAGACCACCAUCGUCUGGAAACCUUAAGCCGUUCAUAAGUGUCUUCCUAUGUUUGCUCGAAUCCUUUAAAAAUUUUAUCCUACUCAUAUCCGAUUCUCUAAAAAUGCAUAGUUUUUGGAUGAUCUGACACACUCUACGGUAUUUUUGAAGAGCCCAGACAACAUAGCUAUCUUGGAGGAUUAUUGUUUCUUGUGUCAAUAAAUUCAUUAUGGCCUAGCUAGCUAUGGGAAAUUACCUUUCCUUUCCCUCAGUUUUCUUUAGUUAAGGUAGUCUAUUUUAUUUUUCUUCUGUUGUUUCUUUGAACAAUGCAUUCAUCAAAGGCUGAAUUCACUGCCUAUGAUUUGGUAAUGUUGUUAAUAACUA